AUUUACACUGCAAAAAUCCCGUGCGAAAUGCCGUGAUUCAUUUCCAGAACUGUAAACUGGACUUUAUCCAAAAUUUAAAAUUAAUGUUUAAUAGUGUAUUCAUUAAAAUAACCUUCAUUGAGAAAUUGAUAAGAAAUAAUCACAGCUUGAUAAAAAAAAUGACAGAGGUUGUUAUACUCUGCUGAAAAAAUUCACAAAAUACCCCUUAAGCUACUGUAAAGUUGCUUUUUGCCUGUGGGGUAAUCAUUUUCUGAAAAUGUGACGUCACACAUUUUUGGCGUUUAUUUCCCAACACACUCAAAAAUGAAUAAUGCUUCCACCCUUAACAUUAUUGUCCUGGUAAGAGUUGAUUUUUUCUCCGUUUUUUGUCAUUAGGCACCACGACAUUUGUUUGAAAAUUCAGUCAAGGGUUUUAUCAACAAGUUUGCUCCUGCGAACAGAAAAACCCGUCCGACGACCAUACAUCGUUAGUCCGAUUCGUUUGAAGUUGGAUAGAAUUGGGGAUUUUGUCAGAAGAAAUAAUCAGCUAAUCAGGAAUGUCUCAUGGAUUGCCUAAUAGAGUUCUAUACAAAUGAUUUCACACACUACCUGGGGGGUUUGUUUUCCUCCAGCUAUCAUAUGUAAAACUGCCAGCCAAUUUAGAAAUAGCUCACCUAAAGUAUUAAUAGUGUUGGAAUGGUCUACGUCGCUCUAAAACUUAUUCCGGAGACCUACAAUACCGGUUUUUUAGGUUCCACCAUGAAAAUAAUUGAACCGAAAAAUUAUUUUCGAUUUGUUGUCUUCCAUCUAUGACAGGUGGAGGAAAACGAAUCGUUGAACACACUAAUAGAGUUACAGAUUAUACUCUAUUAAGAUUUCUGACAGCUCAUUUACAACCGCAGAUGCAAACUCAAGUCAAAGGGAAUUGGUUUGUUUUCAUCGCAAAAUACCUAACCUCGACCGAUUUUUACAGUGCACAAUAUUUUGUUUUCAUUAUUUCGUUAUUCAGUGCCUUUUCUUUUUUACUGGGAAUAGAAAGGUCAAUAUCAAUAGGUUUGUUCCAGUACGCGCUUCUUGCUUCCAGUUGCUCCAGAACAAACAGAAGCAAAAAAGUUGCUCCUUUUUACUCCGGUUUGCUACCAUAAGAUGAAAAAAGAGAAUGGAAUACAGGAACGAUUUUUCUGUUUGCUCCGGAAUACUUCUAGUUUUUCCUGGUACUGGAACAAAUCUCAUAUACUCCAGGAGUAGCGUUUUACGCCAGCGUCCAAUAACCGCUCACGCAGUUUUGAAAACAGCAAUUUAUUUUGGGUUUCCGGUUUUUGGUAAAAUAACGUAACUUCACGCUGACGGGCAGCUCAAAAUGAGUCGUUCAGUAAGUGGUGUCUGGAAUUUUCUGAAUAAAGUUGACGGUGAGAAAGGAGCAAAAUGCCGCAUAUGCCGCAAAAUGUAUUCAACAUCCGGUAAUACCAGCAAUGUAUGGAAGCAUCUGGCACUGCACGGUAUUACUAAAGAGAACCACAAAGAUGCUGUAAUUGGAGAAAAGGGGAACGUAACAUUUAAAAACAAGCAGAUAAUUGAUGCCAACGCCAAUGACGAUCUUGACAGUACUCACGAAAGCAACGAUGAUUCGUCUUCAAGUAUUAUAGAAGCGGGUGGUUCUAUCGGUGGUGGUGCAGCGUCAAGGUCUGCUUCGAAGAGCAGCGUAUUACGACCACAAACGGGGAAUAAUGAUUCACCGAGACCUUUGGUGCAACAAUCUCUUCAUUGUGUCAUUGAACGUGGAAAAUCUUUUCAAGAUGGUGGUUCUCGUAGUAUCGACAUAACGGAUGCGUUACUGUUCAUGGUCCUUAAAGACAAUCUCUGUCUUUCGACGCCAGAAAAAGAACUUUCCAAAGUUGAAAUACCUGACCGUGACAUCUGUGCACAAUCCUUGAAGAAGUUUCUAACAGGAGAAAUGGUACGACGAUUUGGGGAAGCCGAAUACAACAUGCUUCUCACAAUGGCGACACUAUUGGACCCUCGAUUUUUAAAGGUUCAUUUUCAAAAGGCUUUAGCGGUUUCGAAGGGGAUCAGUUUAAUGGAAAAAGUAAUAGUAAACGAAUUAAGAAAAGAAGCUCCCGAGUCCAACGCAGCUCAUGUUUCAUCAACAGCAAUUGUAACCAGAGAAUCAAAUUCGAAAAGAAAUUUAUGGAAUUUCCACGACACUUUGGUCAAUCAGGUUGCCACGGCAUACUCGACUGAUGACUACGUAAACGUUGCUCGACAGGAAAUCAAAGCUUUCUAUUCCAGAACAGUUAUGCCUCGAAAAACAAACCCCCUUGCCGUGUGGAAUAACGAAUUGCGACAUCUCUUUCCCAAUUUGUUUAAAUUGGCAAAAAUAUAUAUUCCAGCAAUCGCGACAUCCACGCCAUCGGAAAGGUUGUUUUCCUUAGCUGGGAGAAUCAUGGACGAUGACGGAUGCCGCCUCUCCAAUGAACAUUUAUCCCAGCGAAUUUUUCUUGCUAGUUGUGAUAGCGCUAUUUGGGACGAAUAAAGUGUGAUUUCGAUUGCCGUGUGAAUUCUUGACCAAUUUUUGCAAAUCUGAUUUCAAAUAAAUGAUACAAUGUAGAUCAAUUGCUAUUAAACUUAAUUACUAUCUGACUUCCGAUUCCGCAAUUAUAGAUAGAGUAGAGAAGUUACAUAGACAUUGCGCUUGUAAACCAGUACCAUCGUGGUAUCAAAAUAGUAAAAAUCCUAUUCAAAUGGUUACUAAAUUUAAUAAAUUAGCAGAUCUAGAGCAACCAUAGGGGCGAUGAGAAUGGUUGUCCGAGUUAUGAACGGUUCGAUUUUGAGUUGACCUAGUGCUGCGAUCUUAUUAGCACUAUGAACCCUUCCCGUAUAUAUUAUUUAAUUUUUUUGUCAAAAUAUAUUGAAAAUAGUCGAUUUUCCCGAAAUUAAAAAAAACAAGUCCGGUAUUGAUCGAUACUAUCGGAAGUAUCGAUACUUUUCGGUCGAUACAUCGAUACUCAGUAUCGAAUUAACUAAAAGUAUCGCGAUACCAAAGUAUCGAUACUUUUUGAAGUAUCGCCCA